AUGGCGUCCAACUAUACCUACUCCUUCUUCCGGGUCUCAAAGACAGAUGAAGUCGAAGCCUCAGCUCAGAAAUAUCGAGACCUACGCUUAAAAGCAUUGAAAACUUCACCCGAUUCAUUCUCAUCUACUUAUGAUAUCGAAUCGGCUUUCACCAAUUCCGAGUGGAUAGAUCGUCUCACCUUUCCCGAUCGAGAACUGUUUAUUUGUGCCGCGAAACCAUUGAGUCAUAAUCCUUCAUCUCCUAAUGAUAUCGAAUGGAUCGGCCAAGUCACUCUGCGAGGGCCUUCAUCCAGGGCUGAUUUCGAGUUACCUGUGGAAGCUGGUCAACCACCCCAAAAGUUUGACGAAGAGGAGGAGCGAUGGCAGAUGCUGAGCUUGUUUACGCUUUCAGAGUAUCGCGGCCAUGGACUUGGAAGCAAACUUUGUCAGGAAGCUCUCAAUUAUCUUCGAUCAUACCGUUCAUUUCCUGGUCAAGUUCAAGUGCGGCUCAUUGUUAAGGCGGGGAACGAUGUCACAGUCGAAUUGUACCGGCGUCUUGGGUUCAUCCAUGCUGGGAGGGCGACUCUUGUUGAAGCUCUCAUUGCAAAUGGAGACGAGCAUCUUGUUCCGAAAGAUCGAGCCUCGGCGAAGUACUCAGACAGAAAAGGGCUGAUUAUGAUAUCUCGUAUGUCGCGCUCAUGA